AUGGAUAAUGCGUCUAUAAAUGUUAAAAUUAGUAAUAUUAUGAUGAAACAAUUUAAAAAUGCUAGUAAUGUCAUUUAAAUUGUAUAAGUUGUUUUGGGAGUUCAAAUAACCAGUGCUUUAUUUGUUAACCUAAUUCCUUUUAAUUAGGGUAAAAUACAUGCUUAUAAAAUUGUCCUCUAGGGUAUUAUGAGUUAUAAAACCCAAAAUCGUGUUCAUAAUGCAAGUAAAAUUGUGAUUAAUGCUCUUCCUCCAAAGAUUGCUCAAAGUGCAGUCAAGGAUACUUUUUUGAUUUUUAGACCUAACUUUGCUCUUAAAGAUGCUCAAAUGGUUUCUAUGCUGAUAUAACAAGCUAAACAUGCAAAAGUUGCUUACAGAAUUGUGAUUAAUGUACUGAUAUUAAUACUUGUAAUAUAUGUAAAAAUUCUUACUUCUUAUUAAAUAACUCAAGUUGUGUUGACAAAUGUCCAGAUGGUUAUUUUUCCAACAUAUAAAAAUAAAUGUGCUCAAAUUGUCCUUAAAACUGCUUGA